AUGUCUGUAACAAUGUUUGUCUCGCUUUUCUUCUUUUUGCUCCAAAACGGGUGUAUAGCUGUGAAGCCAGAUUUGUCCAAAGCUUGCCACGCAAAGUCACGCGAAUAUUCUCUCGACAACGUCCAAGGCUGUUGUUGUUCUGGUACAUUUGUAAAUAGCACCAACAUCACAGUUGGCUUUUGGACCACUUCAUCGAUCUCCUCGUACCUAUUCACUUUGGCUUUGCUCUUCUUGGCGUCCCUAGUCAGCCCGUGCAUAAAAAAUAUGAGAGAGCAAUUCCGUAAUAGAAUGCUCAAAAAAUACGUUGGAGGCCCAUUCGUGUCACACCUACUCCUCUUCAUGAUUGCGCUAUUCACCUAUAUACUAGAUUUUAUGAUAAUGCUCAUCAUCAUGGGAUUCAAUGUCGGAGUAUUCAUAUCAAUCACCGCCGGAUAUGCUGCAGGCUACGUACUCUCCUCACCCACCAUAUGCAAACAUAAUAUGCUCCAAAGCGAUAUUGAAUAUGCACACACGGAAUGUCACUAG